CAAUGGAUGAAAAAGCGGCCGGCAUCAACACCAAGAGGUCUCACCUGCACCCAGGUGGCAGCCACCUCUCGCGAGAUCAGGGCUGGUGAAGCAUUUAGAGCUCAGUUAGCCUCACAUGGAGAAAACGGACAGAGAGGGGUCCACCUAAACCUCGCGGCUAGUCUGUGGUGGAGGGGCUGAAGUCAGCCUUCUUUUCAUGGGAAAAAACAUUAGUUCUUAGCCUUGUGCAGGGAUAGGUCAAGAGACUGAGUGCCUCUAUUCCAUUCAGGUAUCAAGGUGAACAAGUUCAGCAUUCAAACCCCCCCUCCUCUCCGAUCAACUGCUCUGCAAACAACCAUCAAUCUGAAUCCCAAAGGCGUGAGAAAGUCUGUUCUCCAGUACCUGCCGCUGAUCUUCUGCCUCAACCAGCAAGAAGCACCAUGAAAUUGGAAUUCACGGAGAAAAACUACAACAGCUUCGUGCUGCAGAACCUGAACAAACAGAGGAAACGCAAAGAGUACUGGGACAUGGCCCUGACUGUGGACCACCAUGUCUUCUUUGCACAUCGCAACGUGCUGGCUGCUGUCUCUCCACUGGUGAAGAGCCUCAUCUCCAGCAAUGACAUGAAGACCACCGAUGAGCUCUUUAUCACCAUUGACCCCAACUACCUGAGUCCGGCCACAGUGGACCAGCUCCUGGACUACUUCUACAGCGGCAAGGUGGUGAUCUCGGAGCAGAACGUGGAGGAGCUCCUGCGUGGGGCCCAGUAUUUCAACACACCACGCCUUCGAAUCCACUGUAAUGACUUCCUGAUUAAGUCCAUCCGCCGAGCAAACUGCUUGCGCUACCUCUUCUUGGCUGAGUUGUUUGAGCUCAAAGAGGUAUCAGACUUGGCCUACUCUGGCAUUCGUGACAACUUCCACUACUGGGCGAGUCCUGAGGGCUCUAUGCACUUCAUGCGCUGUCCACCUGUCAUCUUUGGCCGCCUGCUCCGAGAUGAAAACUUGCAUGUGCUCAAUGAGGACCAGGCUCUCAGCGCACUCAUCAAUUGGGUGCACUUCCGGAAGGAUGAGCGGGAGAAGUAUUUCAAGAAGUUCUUCAAUUACAUCAACCUUAAUGCCGUCUCCAACAAGACACUGAUGUUUGCCAGCAACAAGUUGAUGGGCAUGGAGAACAGCUCGGCCCAUGUGACCCUGAUUGAGAGUGUCCUUAUGGACCGAAAACAGGAGAGGCCAUGCAGCCUGUUGAGCUACCAGCGGAAAGGCGCCCUGCUUGAUUCGGUGGUCAUCCUAGGGGGCCAGAAGGCCCAUGGCAAGUUCAAUGAUGGCGUGUUUGCCUAUAUCAUCCAGGAGAACCUGUGGUUGAAGCUGUCAGAGAUGCCCUAUCGGGCCGCGGCGCUUAGCGCCACCUCGGCUGGUCGCUACAUCUACAUCUCUGGUGGCACCACUGAGCAGAUUUCAGGGCUGAAGACAGCUUGGCGGUACGACAUGGAUGACAACUCCUGGACCAAGUUGCCAGACCUGCCAAUUGGGCUUGUCUUCCACACCAUGGUGACCUGCGGGGGGACAGUGUACUCAGUGGGUGGGAGCAUUGCUCCAAGGCGGUAUGUCUCCAACAUCUAUCGCUAUGAUGAGCGCAAGGAGACCUGGUGCCUGGCAGGAAAGAUGAGCAUCCCUAUGGAUGGCACAGCCGUGAUCACCAAGGGUGACCGGAACCUGUACAUUGUCACUGGACGGUGCUUGGUGAAGGGCUACAUUUCUCGGGUUGGAGUGGUGGACUGCUUUGAUACCACCACUGGGGAUGUGGUCCAGUGUAUCACCUUCCCCAUUGAGUUCAACCACCGGCCCUUGCUCUCUUUCCAUCAGGACAACAUCCUCUGUGUACACAGCCACCGGCAGAGUGUGGAAAUCAACCUGCAGAAGAUAAAGGCCAACAAGACAACCACCUCGGUGCCUCUCUUGCCCAACAACUGCCCCUUGGAUGUGUCCCAUGCUAUAUGCUCCAUUGGAGACAGCAAAGUGUUUGUCUGUGGGGGUGUCACCACAGCCAGUGAUGUCCAGACAAAGGACUACACCAUCAACCCAAACGCCUACUUGUUGGACCAAAAGAUGGGUGAGUGGAAGACCCUGGCCCCCCCACCGGAAGCACUGGACUGUCCUGCCUGCUGUCUAGCCAAGCUGCCUUGCAAGAUUCUGCAAAGGAUUUAAACAACUUUUUAAGUGGGAGAAUAAGUAAAUGCAUUAUUAUUCACAAUUUAA